AUGGCGCGUCAACAUUCGCGGUCCUCGCGGGAGUAUAGAUCGUCGCGGGAGCACACGUCGAGAGAACACACAUCGCGCGAGUACACCAACGAGAAACCACCAAGACACUCACGACAACACUCCUCGACCGGUCGAAGGGACAGUCGUGUGCAGACGCUCCCACAAUACAACCACAAUGGGCACGAAGUCACGAAGGGUAUCCACCCGGACGGAGAGAGUGGCAGGAGAGGCCUCCACCCGUUCAAAUUCCUAAAGAUUGCGUUCAAGAGCAGCAGCACACUGUCCCUCAUGGUUAACUGCCUGUGGCCUAUCGUUCCUGUUGCAAUUGCCUUGCACUUCGCCAAACCAGAAUGGAAUCUUGCCAUCUUCAUCACAAACUACAUUGCCAUGGUUCCAGCUGCUAACAUGUUGGGCUUCGCUGGCCAGGAGCUCUCUCGAAAGAUGCCUCAGAAGGCCAUCGCUGUUGUCAUGGAGACCACCCUGGGCUCCGUCGUCGAGAUUAUUCUCUUCAUGGUCCUGCUCAAAACAGAUGUUGGAGGCUCGAACGUGCCUGUCCUGCGAGCCGCCAUCCUUGGGUCCAUCUUGGCCAACCUUCUGCUUUGCCUUGGGUCGUGCUUCGUCGCUGGUGGCAUUAAGAACGACGUUCAAGAGUUCCACGAGGCUGUGUCCGAAUCUGGCAGUGGUUUGAUGCUUGUCGCCGCGAUGGCUCUCGUUCUCCCCGCUGUCUUUGCCAAGUACUUGCUCAACAACACCGACUACGAGCUACCCACUCCAACCUUUGUUGUGGAUCACGCAACUAAGAUUUCUCGAGGCGUUGCAAUCAUCUCGCUUGUUGGGUACCUAAUUUACGUUGCCUACCAGACCGUCUCUCACGACGGUCUGUUCCACGAAAUCUACGAGGCCGAUGAGCACAAGGAUUUGGAUCGCCACGAAGAGUUGAAGAAGCCAAAGCUUACCUUGACGGAGGCCCUUGUUGUUAUGCUCAUCUCCUUGGCGUGUGUCUCGUUGAUCGCCAUCUUCUUGGUCCAGGAGAUCCCUUUCAUGGUGGAGGAGCGUGGUAUCAGCGAUGCCUUUGUGGGUCUCAUUUUGAUCCCUCUCGUCGAGAAGAUUGCAGAACAUCUCCUUGCUAUCGAUGAAGCAUACGACAACCAAAUCAACAUGGCAAUGGCUCACGUCAUGGGUGCAUCCAUCCAAACUGCUUUGCUCAACGCACCUCUCGUUGUCCUGGUUGGCUGGGGUCUGCACGUUGAACACAUGGAUUACAACUUCGCCAUCUUCGACGCUGUUGCCCUUGUCCUCGCUGUUCUUGUAGUCGGCUCUUUCCUCCGCGACGGUAAGUCGAACUACCUCGAGGGAGUGUUGUGCAUCAUGGUGUAUAUCAUCAUCGCCAUCUGCGCCUUCUUCUUUCCCAAUCCCAUGCAUGCCAGCGCCGCUGGUGGCGGCGCCGAGGGUGGGCAUUGA